AUGUCCGCCAAGUCGAUCCUCGAGGCUGAUGGCAAGGCCAUCCUGAACUACCACCUCACUCGUGCUCCCGUCAUCAAGCCGACUCCCCUCCCUCCUUCGACCACCCACAACCCUCCCUCUCGUCUUGCCUCCAUCUACUUCCCCGAAGACGCCGCCGUCAAGGACGUCCUCGACCAGGCUGAGGUCUCCUACCCGUGGUUGCUGGCUGCCGGCUCCAAGUUCGUCGCUAAGCCCGACCAAUUGAUCAAGCGACGAGGCAAGAGCGGUCUGCUCGCCCUGAACAAGACCUGGGCGGAGGCCAGAGAAUGGAUUGAGGCUCGUGCCGCCAAGGACGUCCAGGUUGAGACCGUUACCGGUGUCCUGCGUCAGUUCCUGGUCGAGCCUUUCGUCCCCCACCCUCAGGAGACUGAGUACUACAUCAACAUCAACUCCGUGCGUGAGGGUGACUGGAUCCUCUUCACCCACGAGGGUGGUGUCGACGUCGGUGAUGUCGAUGCUAAGGCCGAGAAGCUGCUCAUCCCCGUCGACCUCAAGAAGUACCCCUCCAACGAGGAGAUCGCCGCUGCUCUGCUGAGCAAGGUGCCCCAGGGUGUCCACAACGUCCUCGUGGACUUCAUCUCCCGCCUGUAUGCCGUCUACGUCGACUGCCAGUUCACCUACCUGGAAAUCAACCCUCUGGUGGUCAUCCCCAACGCGGAUGCCACCUCCGCCGAGGUUCACUUCCUGGAUCUGGCUGCCAAGCUGGACCAGACCGCUGAGUUCGAGUGCGGCACCAAGUGGGCUAUUGCCCGCAGCCCCGCCAACCUGGGUCUGGCUGCUCCCUCCCGGGACGACAAGGUCAACGUUGACGCCGGUCCCCCCAUGGAGUUCCCCGCUCCCUUCGGCCGUGAGCUGAGCAAGGAGGAGAAGUUCAUCUCGGACAUGGACGCCAAGACCGGUGCUUCCCUCAAGCUGACCGUCCUGAACGCCAGCGGCCGUGUCUGGACCCUGGUUGCCGGUGGUGGUGCCUCCGUCGUGUACGCCGAUGCCAUUGCCUCCGCUGGUUUCGUCAGCGAGCUUGCCAACUACGGUGAGUACUCCGGUGCUCCCACCGAGACUCAGACCUUCAACUACGCCCGCACGGUCCUUGACCUGAUGCUGCGCGCCCCCACCCACCCCGACGGCAAGGUCCUCUUCAUCGGUGGUGGUAUUGCCAACUUCACCAACGUCGCCUCGACCUUCAAGGGUGUCAUCCGCGCUCUGCGUGAGGUUGCCCCCGUCCUGAACGAGCACAAGGUCCAGAUCUGGGUCCGCCGUGCCGGUCCCAACUACCAGGAGGGUCUGAAGAACAUCAAGGCCGUCGGCGAGGAGCUGGGUCUCAACAUGCACGUGUACGGCCCCGAGAUGCACGUCAGUGGUAUCGUGCCCCUUGCUCUGCUCGGCAAGAAGACCGACGUCAAGGAGUUCGGUGCUUAA